AUGCAAAAAAUUCAAAACGCAGUGAAGAGAAAAAAUGGAUUUUUCAAAUGUCACAUAAAAUCCUAUAGCAGCAAAUUAAAAAUAGGGGAAAAGAUAGAAAAAAAAUAUAAUCUUUGGAGAUGGGGAUGUUCGGGUGAAAGUAUAUUUUCAUCUAUAAAAGUUGGAGAAAAAAAUAAAAUGCCUGAAAAAAUACCAAAUUUUGAAAAUGUAAAAAUUGAAAAGUUAUCAGCUGGUUGCAAUCACGCAGCUUUUAUAGUAGAUGGAAAAAUUUUCACUUAUGGUUUAAAUGACAAAGGACAACUGGGUAGAUCUAUAGAUGAAGAAAAUAAUCAAAAUAAAAAUUAUACAUUAACACCAAAGGAGGUGAAAACUCAGUAUAAUGUAAAAUUUAAAGAUGUAUGCUGUGGUUACAAACACACAGUAGCUGUUGAUGAAAAUAAUGAUUUAUAUAGUUGGGGAUGGGGUGGGAAUUUUUUUAAAGGUGCAAAUGGAUUGGGACAUGGAAAUAAACAAAAUUUAAGUACCCCUAAAAAAGUUGAAUUUAUUAAAAAUGAUGAUGCAGAAUUUAUAAAUAUAUGUUGUGGUGAUCAACAUAGUUUAGUUUUAACAAAAAAUGGAAAAGUUUAUGGGUGCGGACGAGGUGAAUUUGGUAGAUUAGGUAAAGGGAAUCAUGGAGAUCAAUUAUUUUUUGAAGAAAUUGAUUUUUUUAUAAGUAAUAAUAUUAUUAUUAAAGAAAUUUCAUGCGGUCAUAGUUUUUCUGCAGCUUUAUCAUCUGAUGGGGAAGUCUAUGUUUGGGGAAGGAAUGAUUAUGGACAAUUAGGUAUUGAAAAUAGUAUCGGAGAUUUAUAUUCUCAUGAAGUGUAUCCAAACAAAGUAAAAUAUUUCGACAUGGAAAAUAUUAAAAUAAAAUUUAUAGCUUGUGGAGACAAUCAUAUGAUUGCUUGUUCAGAAAAUAAUGUUAUUUAUUUCUGGGGAUCAAGGGCUUGGUUAGAACCUAAAGCUAUAACACUAAGUCCAGUAUAUGAAAAUAGUAUUAUUAAAAAAAACAUUGAUAAAAUACAGGCAGGUGGAAGUACUUACUACUAUUCAAUGCUCCUUUCUGAUAAUAAGUUAUAUUCAUGGGGAAAGUACAACUCCUCAUGUUUGGCAUUAAGUGAUAAAAAGAAUCAUAACGAACCUACGCUAGUAGAUUCAAAACUGUUUAAUGAUGAAAUUGUUUGUGAUAUUUCCUGUGGAAGGGGAAGAGUUCUCGCAAAAACGUUGGCCUCUAAUUGA